CCCACCCACUUCACCUCUUUGUGUUUCUUUUCUUGGGCUGGGCCUGAUCUUUCUCCUGGUUUCAUUCCCUAAAGGACUUGGAUUCCUGGGUAUGGUGAUGACUGGCAAAAAAGGUAAAUGUCCUGGGAGGAGCCCCGGGACAGAAUCCAGACGGCGGGGCGAUGAUGGUAUCAAUACACAAUCUCUCGGAACUGGAGCGCCUGAAACUGCAAGAGACAGCUUACCAAGAACUCGUGGCCAGACGUUUCCUCUCCGAAUUCAGACCUGAGAGAGCGUUGCCCGUUGACCGUCCAAACACUUUGGAGAAGUGGAUUCAGCUUCUAAGAGGACAAGAGAGAGACCUUUCGCUCAAGACGUUUGGCGUCUCGCUGAAAGAGGUGCUGGUGAACGAGCUCACCCGACGCAAGCAUCUGGAACUAAUCGCUGCCAUGCAGGUGGAAGAAGAGAACCGUCAGAUUUCAGGCCGCCGUCGUCGUCGGGGAAACGUGGUGCAAAGAAUGUUUGGAAAUCUUCGGCGCUUUUUCAGUCGUCGUUGGGCCAGGGCCACGUUGCCCCAGGAGUUCACUCGCCGGGGUCGUCGAGGUGCUAUAUCUGUGGAUAGCCUGGCUGAGCUGGAAGAUGGGGCUCUGCUGCUGCAGACCCUGCAACUUUCCAAGAAUUCCUUUCCAAUUGGCCAACGCCUGCUGGGGUCCAAGAGGAAGAUGAGUCUCAAUCCUAUUGCAAAACAAAUCCCCCAGAUUGUGGAGGUUUGCUGCAGUUUCAUUGAAAAACAUGGAUUAAGGGCAGUGGGAAUUUUCACAGAAGAGUACUCUGAGGAGAGAGUGCAGGAGCUCCGUGAAGAAUUUGAUCGAGGUCUGGAUGUAGUGCUGGAUGACUCUCAGAAUGUGCACGAUGUGGCAGCACUCCUUACGGAGUUUUUUCGCGACAUGAAAGACUCUCUGAUACCAGAUGAUUUGCACAUGUCCUUCCUCAUGACAGCCACUCUGAGGCCACAAGACCAGCUUUCUGCCCUCCAGUUGCUAGUUUAUCUCAUGCCUCCAUGCCACAGUGACACCCUUGAGCGCCUUUUAAAGGCACUCCAUAGUGUCACUGAGCAUUGUGAGGAUGUGAUUGGCAUGGAUGGGCAACUGGUUUUUGGCAACCGUAUGACUUCCACUAAUUUGGCCUUGGUGUUUGGAUCUGCUCUUCUAAAGAAGGGAAGAUUUGGCAAGAGAGAGUCAAGGAAGACAAAACUGGGGAUUGACCACUAUGUUGCUUCUGUCAAUGUGGUCCGUGCCAUGAUUGAUAACUGGGAUGUUCUGUUCCAGGUGCCUCCCCAUAUUCAGAGGCAGGUUGCUAAACGUGUGUGGAAAUCCAGUCCUGAAGCCAUUGAUUUUAUCAGACGCAGGAAACUGAGGAAAAUUCAGAGUGCUCAGAUUAAGAUGGAAGAGGAUUCUUUACUUUCUGACCCUGUGGAAAAUUCUGCUGAAAUUCGGGCUGCUGUUCUAGGUCAAAGCACUCCUUUGGAUGAAGGUUCCUCUGAGGAGCCCGCUGUGCCUCCCGGCACUGCCCAUUCCCAUGACGAUGAGGAAGGAGUGGGCAAACCCCUCAUUCUGGAGCAAGAGCGCCCAUUGCUCCAUAUGCCCCCGGAGAAGGAGGCCAAAACUGGCAUCGGUUCCUUGUUUGCUUAGAUGUUUUCCUUUUAUAUGGUGCCGGACAGGGAGAAAGGGCAGGAGUAGACCUGAGAUGUCACAGGAAACAUUAAGGAAAGCCUUGAAUGUAAAUAUUUGAGGAUGAGAAGGACUUCCACCUGAUGCUCCAGUCAGGUUGAGAAUUCCAAACGAACAUCAGCCCCUUCACAAGGGCUGCUUGGUCUCUUCAGCUGGUAAAAGCAGAGUUGUUUCUGUGUCAUUUCUAGUCUCCCUGGUGCUACAUUGCCUUUCUCUUUUAUCCCUGAUCCUGGCUUUAUCGCUACAGCCUUUCCUUUAAUUGAUGUAACAUUUGUGGUAAACACCUGUCCCAGAGAAGCUCACAAAUCUCUAGGUGCUUUCCCUCCAUCAAAGGGGAUUGCAUGUUUUUCUAACUUCCUCCCAAGAGCUCCAUUGGAAAGGCCUUCAAGAGGCACAGUAGGGUGUUAGGUCAGUCCUCUGACAGCUGACAAUUAAUGCUAAACCAUGUAAUAUGUAUUCAUAGAUCUAUCACCACAACAACUCUGCCACCUCAGGAUAUUUUUUCCAAAUUACUUAGACCAAUGGUCUCUCAAGCAGCCACUCCCAAAAUUUUGUACAAGGAAAGCACAAGUGUAAAUCUAAUUAACUUUUUUAGAGUCAAAAGUUAAGAGGAUCAAUUUGACUUUUAUUACCUGGACCUCUUUCACAGAGAGCUGGCAUGCACACACCAUUGUCAGCAAAACACCUACCUAGGUAUGGACACCUAGUUACAAGUAGUCAAAGUAAUCUGACUACAAUUGUUCUUACCUAUCAACAUUGGUAGCGCCUCCCUUCAGGAUGGCACAAAUUUGUAGGACAUUUUCUCAUAACACACAGAUAUGUGCUGUGAAUGACAACUAAAAUUGUAGCUGAUAUUGAUGGGUAAAAACUGUUAUGGUCUGUAGAACGAGUAACGCAUUGUAUUGAGGGAUGGAAAUUCAUUACUCAAUGGGUUAGAUCUACAGAGCUCAAAGAUUUGUGAUUUUUAAAACUUCUCUGGCAUGUAAUCAUUAAUAAACCUCUGUAUUGUGA